AUGGCUGACCCCUCGACUGAGAUCGACCUCGACUCGGUCAUUGACCGCCUCCUUGAAGUCCGUGGAAACCGCCCCGGCAGGGCCGUCCAGCUCCAGGAGUACGAGAUCAAGUACCUCUGCACCAAGGCUCGCGAGAUUUUCAUCGGCCAGCCCAUCCUCCUCGAGCUCGAGGCGCCGAUUAAGAUUUGCGGCGACAUCCACGGCCAAUAUUACGACCUUCUCCGCCUGUUCGAGUACGGCGGCUUCCCCCCAGAAGCCAACUACCUCUUCCUCGGCGACUAUGUGGACCGCGGCAAGCAGUCGCUCGAGACCAUCUGUCUGCUCCUCGCGUACAAGAUCAAGUACCCCGAGAACUUCUUCAUCCUCCGCGGCAACCACGAGUGCGCGUCCAUCAACCGUAUCUACGGCUUCUACGACGAGUGCAAGCGCCGCUACAACAUCAAGCUGUGGAAGACGUUCACCGACUGCUUCAACUGCCUUCCCAUUGCCGCCAUCAUUGACGAGAAGAUCUUCACCAUGCACGGCGGCCUCAGCCCCGACCUCCAGUCCAUGGAGCAGAUCAGGCGAGUCAUGCGCCCCACCGACGUGCCCGACACUGGUCUCCUCUGUGACCUCCUCUGGUCCGACCCGGACAAGGACAUCACCGGCUGGAGCGAGAACGACAGGGGUGUGUCGUUUACUUUCGGCCCCGACGUCGUCUCCCGCUUCCUCCAGAAGCACGACAUGGACCUCAUCUGUCGCGCGCACCAGGUCGUCGAGGACGGCUACGAGUUCUUCGCCAAGCGCCAGCUGGUCACCCUCUUCUCGGCUCCUAAUUACUGUGGCGAAUUUGACAAUGCCGGUGCGAUGAUGUCGGUCGAUGACACCCUGCUAUGCUCCUUCCAGAUCCUGAAACCCGCUGAGAAGAAGGCGCCAAAGUACGGCUACGGCGGCGGUGGACGGCGUCAGUAA